CUUCGCACUUCAUUGGAGCCGGACCCGGUGUGAUGCGGUAGGUGGAAGCCAUAUCACAGCAACCAUGUUUAAAAGCUUGUGUGGCAUAUGGAGACUACAAAGUCCUGCAAUACGGGCUAUGUCUCAGUACCCGCCCAUCUUCAAGGAGCCACUGCUUCCUCCACAGCAAGAUGACGAGGUUCGGGAACAGUUUGCAUUCUCACCCAUCAAAGCGGCCCCCAGCAAUGUGACCUCGUCGGCCUUUGACCACCCGGCGGUCAGGAAAUUCACCAACAUAAUCAUGAGAGGUGGCGGCAAGGAUCUCGCUCAGACAUUAGUCGCAAAGACCUUCGAGCGCAUCAAGCGGACGCAGAUCCAGCGGUACAACGAGGCCAGCGCCGGCCAGACGGACGUGGCGCCGGAGGAGGUGCUCUGCGACCCGCUGCAGGUGUUCCUGCGGGCGCUGGAGAACAGCCGCCCGCGGCUCCAGCUGGUGCCCAUCAUCCGCGGCGGCAUUACCUACAAGGUUCCCCGGCCGGUGACGGAGAAGCGGGCGACGUUCGUGGCCAUGCGCUGGUUCAAGGAGGCCGGCAGGGAGAAGGACCGCACAGUGAGAUUCUCCGACCGGCUGGCCGCCGAACUCAUCAGCGCCGCCAACAAUGAGGGCCGCGUGGUGCGCCUGAAGCAGGAGCUACACCGACAAUGUGAGGCGAACCGCGCCUACGCCCACUACACGUACGGCUGAGCUGGAGCGGCGGAGAGCCGCGGCGGACUGUGACGGCGCGCGGUCGGCAGGGAUGACGUCACGGCACGGUCUGUGACGUCAUAGACCGUCAGGCGCCGGCGGCGUGUUGUGCUGAGGAGUGCCUCUCGGAUGACAUCACGGCGCGGUCUGUGACGUCACAGACCGUCAGGCGCCGGCGGCGUGUUGUGUCGAGGAGUG